AUGGAUGAACCACUCACAAAACGCAUCCUCAUCUCUGGCCUAACUCCUGCAAUAACUCAAGACGACCUCUCGCGCCGUCUGGAAUCCUUCGGAUCCGUCAUAGCACUCGAUGGCCUCGGUGUGCUUGAUGCACUCGGUCAACCGCGAAAGUUUGCGUAUGCGACCCUCGCCACGACCAAGGGCAAGCUUGCAAAAUGCAUGAACGUGCUCAGUGGGUCGACCUGGAAGGGUGCCAAACUGCGCGUUGGCGAAGCUAAACCUGACUUUCGGGAGCGCAUCGUCCUUGAGAACACACCCACCGACCCUCCUCCGCGAAAACGUAUCCGCCUCGCGCGCGGUGUGCAAGGCACCCACUCAGCCGACAUGUCCCUCGUCACUCCAGAAAAUGUCCACCUUCGCCCUCAAUGGCGCGUCACCGCGCUUGGCCGCCUCGUGCGCCCUGUCCGCAUGCGUCCCAUGCACCCGCUCGACCCACCCAUCGACCUUUCGAAGAGCGCGGAAAAGAGGAAGAUCAAGGGUCAGAAGGAGAAGGAAGUGGUGAAAGGAAAAGAGGAGAAGCCUACUAAAAAGAGAAAACGGGAACCGCCGGCGAGAGCGAGAAGGCGGACGAUUGAUCCGCUUCAGUGGGGGAGUCAGCAUAUCGUCGGGGUCUUUUUGGAGGGUGGGGGUGCAGCUCUAGGAGAUACAUCACGGACGGAUGUUGGAAAGGAGACGGUGGACAACGGAGACGAGGAUAGCUCUACGAUGGGUAGCUCAGCGGAGGAGAGCAGUGGCGAUGAGGGGAGGGAGGGAAUGAUCGAGGACGAUCCAGCAAUUCCCGAAGCUCACCAUAUAGCAAUUCCCCCGCUCAAUGCAACUUCGCUCCCCGUCGCGCGCACGGCGCUGCCACUUCCGACGGCACCUGUGGUAGUAGCAGCCGCCCCAAUCAUAUCUGCAGAGUCAACCGGCCUCGCGGAAGAGGCUGAAAAAGCUCUCGACUUACUGCGAUCCAUGUUCGGCGAUCCAGACCCCGACAGUGCAGACUGGGGCGGCGCCGAGAGUGUCGGUUCCGACGUCGACGUCGCAGAGCUUGUACAGGAAUUGCAAAAUGCAGAAACAGGGUCUGACGACCCCGAGGAAGCGGACGGCGAGACGAAUGAGCCUCUCGAUACUGCACCUAUGUCUGCAGACCAAAUUGAAUCUACUGAUCAGCCUACGAAAUCCGGGACUCAGGUGAAAAAGUUGAAGGAUUUAUUCGCUCCGAGAGAAGAGGAGGCUAGCUUCUCUCUCCUGAAUCAUCUCGACCUUGAUCUCGAUCUCGAUAACGACCUUGACUUGGAACUAUCCGGCGGUGUUAUUCCUCUCAUCUCCGCCAUCUUACCUUCUGCUCCCAUACUUCCUUCCCCAUCGCAGAAUGCUUCAUCCAGUCCUGCAUCGCUGCUCGAUCCUGCCCGGCCUCUAUUCUUCCCACGGCGCGCAGCGCCCCUCGGGGCGUGGCGGACGCGCUUUGCCUUCCAUCGGACAGACACUGACGAACAGAUUCGCUCGAAAUGGGAGACUGAGAGAGGAGAGCUUACACGAGAGUGGAAGCGACGGUACCGGGAGGCAGUGAAGAGUCGACGGAGAAGAGGUGGAGAAGAUACUGCUGCUGGCGAAGCGGGCUAG